AUGGCUGAAGGCUCGGGUUGGUCCGAAAUCCAGAAGCGAGAGAUGAAAUUUUGUCGGAGCAUUGAUAUCCAGCCUGCUCACUUUGUUUAUGCUGGUUGGCUUGUGAUUCUCUACAAUUACACUGCGUGCGAGUGGUUGGUUUUCGGAGUUGCAGAUGAACUUCCACAGGAGAACGACAACCGAGUCGCAAAUUGUUCGGUGCAAGUGUCACCGGGGGACAUUCCUUUGGCAUUGGUUCGAAACGGCAAACUGCAAAACUCCGAGAGAUUAACUGUGGGCGAUUACCAAUUGAAUCUCUUCAACUCCGUCAUCACAAAAAAUGCUCAAAACCCCAUACAGCUGAAUGCCAGCCGUGACCUCCUGUGUCAAUGGAACCACCUCGUCCCUUUGGCCGAGCAAUCCACAAUUCACAACCUCAUCCAACGACAGUGUGAAAUUCGCCCCAAUGCAACCGCAGUCUGUUCUUGGGAUGGGAGCAUGACAUAUCGUGAGCUCGAACGUGCAUCAAACAAAUUGGCAUCAAAUCUCCGUAUCCGUGGCGUGAAGCCUGAAACGUUUGUGCCCUUGUAUUUUAAAAAGUCGAAAUGGACAGUCCUGGCAAUGUUGGUGGUAAUGAAAGCCGGCGGGGCAUUCGUGCUCCUCGAUUCGGCAUUACCUCUUCAACUCCUUCAGACAAUGUGUAAUCAGGUCGAGGCUAAAAUGAUUCUAUGUUCAGAGCACCUGACGGGAAAAGCCCGCAGUCUGGGUUGUAUCACGAUCCCAGUCGGCAAAGAUCUGUCGAACUGGGUUGUGGCAUACUCUAAAGGCAAUGAUGAGAAUAGCACCGAAGAGACAAUUGUAGGCCCCCAGAAUGCUCUCUAUGGUGCCUUCACCUCCGGUUCCACGGGAAAGCCGAAGUGUGCUGUCAUAUCCCAUUGCUCAUACGCAUCCUCCGCCAAAGGACAUAUUGAACCAUAUGACCUCGGACCAUCAAGUUGCGUUUUUCAGUUUGCCUCUUAUUCGUUCAAUGCGUCGCGGAGGAUGUCUCUGCAUCCCUUCAGCCAUGGAAACGGGAGGAUCGCAUACGGCCCGUCAGAGUGUUCAGCCUUUACAGAUGUUCUGUCACAAGUAGAGGGACCUCAAGAUGCCCAUUUGAUUGGGUAUGGAACUGGUGCCGUUUAUUGGAUAACUGAUCCUAGUGACCCAGGCAAACUACAGCCUAUUGGCGCUCCUGGCGAGCUUCUUAUUGAGGGUCCCAUAGUGGGACGCGGAUAUCUUAGUGAUGCGGAAAAGGCAGAGGCGGCCUUCAUCGAUCUACCAUCAUGGCUACCUACUUUUCGUGGUGGGUCCUACGGGAAACUGUAUCGAACUGAAGAUUUGGUGCAAUACACCAAUGGUCAGCGGAUACGAUAUCUUGGUCGAAAAGAUGCCCAGAUGAAGCUCAACAGACAACGGCUAGAGCUGGAGGAAGUGCAGCACGCUGUUCGAGAAGCCUUCGGCUGCACCGCGGAGAAAGUGAUGGUUGAUAUCAUUACGCCAGCAGAUAUCAAAAGCCAACCUAUUCUAGUCGCAUUUAUACUAUUGCAAAACUCGAGCACCAAUUCUGGAUUGUCCGAUGAUGCUGAUAUUUUUGCCGCACCAUCAGCUGAGUUCAGGCAGCUGGCAGAGCUGGCUAUUACUAUCUUACGGAAAUGCCUGCCCGGAUAUAUGAUUCCCUCAAUACUCGUUCCACUCGCUGUUCUUUCCCUCACUGCCUCUGGAAAAACCUACCAAAGGCUGAUUUGCGCGCGAGCUUCUGCACUUUCAAGGCGAGAGCUGGGAUUAUUCAUGUUACCUGAGACAGGCAAAAUUUUUCCAUCGACAGAAAUAGAACAAGCCUUGUAUAAAUUGACUAAGGAGAUCCUGGUUCUUGAGAACUUUUUAAUGGAAGACAAUUUCUUUCAUCUUGGGGGGGACCCGAUCUCCGCCAUGAAUUUAACUGCUCGGGCUCGCGAUAAAGGGUUUCGUCUACAAACUGAGCACGUAUUCGCUGCCCCAUGCCUAGCAGAUUUAGCGCUGUCGAUCGAAGUGUGUUCCACAGAACAAGCGCAACUAGAAGUAUUCUCUCCUUUCACCUUGCUCCCAGGCUCGAUGACGAUGGAAUCUGCAAUCCAGCAAGCGCAAGCACAGUGUGAUGUGCUAGCUGAUGAGUUUGAGGACACAUAUCCAUGUAUACCAGCGCAAGAAGGAAUGAUAGCGAUAACAGCAAAGUACAACAAGAUGUACACCAGUCAAGCUGUGUUGCAGCUCCCAGUCGAUCUUGACAUCUCUCGGUUUAAGGCUGCCUGGAAGGAAACAAUCGCACGCAACCCAAUCCUACGAACAAGGAUCAUUGCAACUGAACAAGGAUUACUUCAGGUCGUUAUUCGACAAAGCAUAGCCUGGGGAAAUCCCACUGCAAUCGAUUAA